AUUUAAAAGCUUAUAAAGGUAAGCCCAAUCAAAUUUGUGUCUAAAAAACUAGAGUUAGGCAGUUGUUCGCUUAAAUCUUUGCUUGAAAAUUCAUCAAAAUAUUUACAUAGUAAUCAACCGUAAUCAAAAAAAUUUUUAUCUUUGGCAUCAUGUGUAUGAAGACUCAAUGCGAGAAAUGCCAGAAGACGACGUGGAAAGGUUGUGGCAAACACGUGGAAGAAGUAAUGAAAGACGUCCCGGAAUCAGAACGUUGUACCUGUCCAAGAGGUGAACAUGGAUGUGGUGGGCACGGUCAAGAACACGGGUGUCAUGGCGAAAAGGGGCAUGCCACGGGGGGCCAUUGUGGGGGCAGUAAGGGACAUUGUGGCCAGAAAAAAUAGAACCUGCGCGUGUUUGUACCAC